GAACCAUCGCUAAGUUAUCGAUAUUUAAGCAGAGUCAUAGGGAAAAUAUACACAGCGCAGCGAAAAGUAAAGUGCGAAUCAGUGCGUUUUUCUGGUCAACGAACAGCCGAACCCAAAGUAUAAUCCCCAUGUCCGGCUCCGGUCUCGACGAGAAUCCCUUCGGGGAGCCCAACCUGGACAAUCCGUUUGCGGAUCCCGCCAUCCAGCAGGCAAGAAGCUCACGGGGCGCCCUCGUCUCUCUGGAAGAUUAUAAUCCCUUCGAGGAGCAGGCCAAGCCGCAGCUGCAGAUAAACUCUACGAACACGGCGGCGGUUGUCCAGCCGCUGUCGCAGAACAUUCCGCCCCCGCAGACCAGUUCCCUGGGCGCCUCGGCGCCAAGCACCAGCAUACAGAUCACCUCGGAGGAGCUGCAGCGCCGGCAGGAGGAACUGGAUCGCAAAGCCGCCGAGCUGGACCGUCGCGAGCAGCAGCUACAGGGCAAUGUGGCGCAGCUAAACAACUGGCCACCGCUGCCGGACAACUUCUGCGUGAAGCCGUGCUUCUACCAGGACUUCGAGGUGGAGAUACCGCCAGAGUUCCAGAAACUGGUCAAGCGAUUGUACUACAUUUGGAUCUUUUACACCAUGACGUUGUUGGCCAACGUGAUCGGAGGUCUAAUAUUGCUGUUCCAUGCUGGCGAGUUCGAAACCUUCUUCCUGGCCAUCUUCUACACGUUGCUCUUCUCGCCCGCCUCAUACGUUUGCUGGUUCCGGCCAGCGUACAAGGCAUUCCGCAACGACUCGAGCUUUAACUUCAUGGUCUUUUUCUUCAUUUACUUCUUUCAAACGUUGUACUCGAUUGUCCAGGCAGUGGGCUUCAACAAGAAUGGCUAUUGUGGCUUUAUUACAGCGAUCAAUCAGUUCGAUGGCAACGCGUCGGGUAUUAUUGUUGGUAUACUGCUGCUGAAUGUGGCCUUCUGUUUUACUGCGGUGGCCGUGGCCAAUGUGCUGAUGAUCACCAAGAUACAUUCGAUCUAUCGCAGUACAGGUGCCAGUAUGGCCAAGGCCCAGGCGGAGUUCACCACCGAGUUUCUGCGCAAUCAGCAUGUCCAGGAGGCAGCCUCCUCGGCCGUUAAUACGGCCAUCAAUUCGCAGUUCAACAACAGCAGGUACUAAGGACACACAGCACUCCAGGGAUCUGAUCAAAUCAAAAGGAGAAUCAAUCAAUCAACCAUGAACUCAAGCACUCAUCCUGCUAAGCUGAGACAGAAAGAGAUGAUAGCCGCGCCACAGAGAUAGACAGAGAGAGAGGUGACACAGCUAGAAAGAUAAAGAAGCAACAAGAUUUAAUGAAUAUUAAAAAUAGCUUGAAAAUAUGAGCAAAAAGAUUAACAUACAACUAAAGCAAGCAUUGGAGCAAGGAACUAAAAUAACUAUUUGCUUUUGUGCAUAAACAAUUCCUAGAAUGCCGUCGUCUUUAUUACAAAUAAUUACUGUAAUGAUAAUACACAAAAACACAAACAAUGCAUUAACAAUAUUUAUAAAACAGCGCGAAACUAAACUUAGAACUUUAACUGAAACUGAAACGAAACAAAUAACAAAAAAGUCAAGUGAAAUGAAAUGAAAACUAAAGCGGCCCACGAUGCCUUCGACACACAGCUGCAGCGGAUUGGGAAGACAGGAUAACUUAAUCGUAUGAUAUGAUACAUACAUGCCUCCAAAUACAAUAUCUAGACUAAAUUAUUGUGUGUGUGCGAGUCCUGUGAAAUAAUUGGAUUAUGAAAUUACCCUAAAAAAGUCACGCGAAAGGGAUGACGCUGAUUAUGAUGCUGCUGCUGCUGCUGAUAAUGAUGAUGUUUUCUAGUUCUUUAAGUCAUUAAAACGAUAUAGGAAUAUCUCCCACUCCCCCCCACACACAUGCAACACACACACACACAUAUAUAUAUAUAUACGAUCUUAUAUAUAUUUAUAUAUAUAUAUACAAACAUAUAAUAUAAAUAAUAUAUUUAACGCUUACAUUAUAGAACUUUAUCACUUGUCGCCUUGGCCGGAGACAACAAGAAAGCGAAAUUCAUUUUUCAUCCAAGCUGUGGUCCCCCGCCCUACGCCCUACGCCCUACGCCCUAAUCCUCACAUACAUAUAUAUAGCAUACGCCCCUCUAUACAGUCUCUGUUCCGCACUCACAUGAAAUGUCGUGUUUUUUUGUAAUCGUAAUUGUUAUAUAUUAUCUAUGUACAUGAAGACAGCAUAUAAAAUAUUGAUUCACUUAAGUAUUCACAUUUUUAGAUACAUUUUUUUGUCGUUUCGUUUUGCUUGCAAGUCAAAUUUUGUGUUACGACCUAUUUAAAACCAAAAUUUCAAACGGAUAAUGUGUAUUUGAAAUUCAAGCAAAAUUUAUGAUAAAUUCCAAAAUAAAUAUAAAAUACUUAUA